GGGCUCUAAGGAAAGCUAGGUCUAGAAGGCCAAAAACCCAAAAGAAAAACCACAAACAAAUUUCACUCCUUCCUUCCCCAGUCUCUCUCCUUCUUCUCAUUCUUCUGGGAAGGUGGCAAUGAAAUCGGAGGCGGAAGGCGCGGUGGUGGGGAAGCCGCCGGUGAACAACUCGCAGCAUAUCAGCAAGAGAGCUCUUCGCAACAAAUCUCUCUCCGUCUCUUUCAACGAAAAAGAUUUAAGGGACUAUGUAGGUGGAUUCCACAAACGAAAGAAGAAGAGGAGAAAGGAAGCUCUAAAGCAGCAAGGAGAAGCAGAAAGACGCAAGCGCCUCGAGAAUCGUAAGAAGAUGAGGGCGGAUAAAGAAUUUGCACUUUAUGGUGGUGCACCUCCUGAAGAUGAUGCUAAAUCUGUUGGUGAAGAUCCGGAGCAAAAUGAUGCAGUGGAGCUGAACCCAUUGGUUUCUGGGACAACAUCAUAUGAAAAUGGUGAUACGAUGGUCACAGUUACUACAAGUGAGAUCUCACACAAAGAAGAAGAUAAUCCAAUUGAAAAGUCGGCGCCACUAUCAGUGGUGUCUGCUGGAGCAGCGGUUAAAAAGCAAAAUAUUCCUGUAAUCAAGACGAAACCCUUUAAGAAAUCGACUAAAGGUAAAACCCGGACAAAGCUAGUUAACAAAAGGGAGAAAAGAAAAGGCAGGAUACAUGGUAAGAAGAAGAAAAAGCAUUAGCUUGUAAUCUCUAUUUUGUAACUUUAGAAUAGUUAUUGAAGGCCUACAUUUUCUUCAUAUUUAUGCUUGCAAAAAUUACCAAGGGAAUCAACAAAGUUUGUGUAAUGAAAAUUUUUCUUUACACAAUGUGGUCCAUGAAGGAUAUUGUUGAUUUGGUCGACC